AUGUCUAACGACCACUCUGAUCUUGCCCCGACGUCCAAUCUCCUCAUCAAGCGUCUCUCGGAGAAGGCCAGGCUCCCCACGCGCGGUUCUGCGCUCGCAGCAGGAUACGACAUGUACAGUGCCGAGGACAAGGUGAUACCUGCGCGAGGAAAGGCUCUUGUUGACACCCAACUUUCCAUUGCCGUGCCGGCUGGCACGUAUGGCCGCGUUGCACCGCGCAGUGGCUUGGCAUCAAAGCACAUGAUAGAUACCGGUGCCGGCGUCAUCGAUGCGGACUACCGAGGAACUGUCUUCGUUCUGCUUUUCAACCUGUCUGACAAAGACUUCGAAGUCAAAGAGGGAGAUCGUAUUGCUCAACUCAUCCUCGAGAGGAUCGUGACGCCGGACGUAUUAGAGGUCGAGAACUUAGAUGAAACGAUUCGUGGGGCAGGCGGCUUCGGGUCAACGGGCGGGCAC